CGGCUAAAGCAGCGUAAACAACUGCCCUAAUUCCCCGUCUAGUAUAGUUUGUGUGUGGGUGUAAACAGGUCGCACGCUUUGAGGUGAGCUAUUUAGUGGCUGAUAUUUUUUUUGGGGAGGGAAGUGCGGGCUGUCUGUCGUCGCAGCCGGAGCGCAACAGAGAAGCUUCCAUUUUACGCACAGAGCUCCAGUGAAGCCCGCGGACCGUCGUUGCCGCGCCGCUGCGCAGGCAUCCCGCACGCAGAGACCGGAGGAAAAAGAAGAAGAAGCACAAAACGCAAAGCUGCUCUUUCAUCUCGUCAGCUUUAAGGAGGAGGCGGCGGCGUGGGACCAGGGGUGUCCCCCCGUUUUGUGUGUGUAUCACACCGCGUGUGUGUGUGCGGCCGUGUGUUUGUGUGUGUUUAGAACAAGAGAGAGGAGAGAGAGAGAGAGAGAGAGAGAGAGAUACGAGGGUAAAACGGAUCGGACGCGCCGCGCAGGAGACAGCCGCUUUUGGACACGUUUUCGAGGCAGAAGCUGCCCGACUGCAAGAACUGCACGCGGAAAAAUACAAGAAAGAACUUACUUUGCAUCACCUCUGCCGUCCUUUGAUUUGAUCGUGCUGUUGAUUUAAUUUUGGAGCUUUUUGGCGUCUCCAAGUUCUGCCGCCGACGGACGCACCUUCGGGACUUUGACGCAGACGUCUCCCUGGUUUCUUGCUGCUGGACAUGGGCGCAUCUGAGGCCACACAGCGGUAAACGGAGGGCUCGGAGUUGCUGUCCUGCUUUCGUCCUAUCUCUUGCAGAGUGGACCCACUUUUGAAAGCGCGUGUUUUUUUUUUCUGACUGGGCCUAAGGCCGACUUGUUUAAAGGUCCUUUUUUUUGCUUCCGGCAACAGCGAAAGAGACCAAGUCUUCCUCCCUCAGCCCCGCACUCCCUCUCUCACUUUUUUGGAAGCUGAACUUUUAAAGGAAAAUGGGGCAUUGAGAGGGUUGGCAGAUCUCCCCACGCUAUAAUGGCUACUGACACCUACCUGGUGAACGACGAUCCUGCCAGAGGCCCAGGGAUGCCUGAAUGUUUCCUCGUGUCGGAUACAUACAGGGAUGAAUUCCACCCCUUCAUCGAGGCCCUGCUGCCCCAUGUACGCGCCUUUGCCUACACCUGGUUCAACCUGCAGGCCCGUAAGCGCAAAUACUUCAAGAAGCACGAGAAGCGCAUGUCCAAGGAGGAAGAGCGCGCAGUGAAGGAUGAACUGCUGGGGGAGAAGCCAGAGAUCAAGCAGAAGUGGGCCUCGCGCCUGCUGGCCAAGCUUCGCAAGGACAUCCGGCCUGAGUUCCGUGAGGACUUUGUGCUCAGCAUCACGGGGAAAAAGCCCCCCUGCUGCGUGCUGUCCAACCCGGACCAGAAGGGCAAGAUCCGUCGUAUCGACUGCCUGCGCCAGGCUGACAAGGUGUGGCGGCUGGACCUGGUAAUGGUCAUCCUGUUCAAGGGCAGCCCCCUGGAGAGCACAGACGGGGAGCGGCUGGUCAAGUCGCCACAGUGCAGCAACCCUGGCCUGUGUGUCCAGCCGCACCAUAUCGGAGUGUCUGUCAAGGAGUUGGACCUCUACCUGGCCUACUUCGUCCACACGCCAGAAUCUGGACAAUCAGAUAGUUCGAGCCAACAGGGGGACACAGACAUCAAACCACCGCCCAAUGGGCACCUGAGUUUCCAGGACUGCUUUGUCACCUCAGGGGUGUGGAACGUGGCAGAGCUGGUCAGAGUGUCACAGACUCCCGUUGCCACGGCAUCAGGUCCCAACUUCUCACUGGCUGACCUGGACAGCAGUCCCAGCUACUACAACAUCAACCAGGUGGCUCUGGGACGACGCUCCCUGACCUCCCCUCCCUCCACCAGGUCUGAGGUGGAGUUGUACGCAAACCUUCCACGGAGCUCCAACAAGAGGAAGUCAUUAGACGACAGUGAGCUGGAGAGCCCAACGGAUGAUGUUUUCUACCCUGGACGCUCGCCUGCCGCCAGCUCAUCCCAGUCCAGUGCGUGGCCCAACGACAUGGAUGCAGUGCAGCACCAUUUGGCCAGUGUGCAGGAGAGGAAGAUAAAACAUGAAAACGAUGGCGUGCAGUUUCCUUACCAUGGACUGUCCUCGCCUGGUUCACUUAAGAAGCCGGGGAAGUUUGAUUUCAACGCCCUGACUUCCCAGACGAGGUCCCCCCGCAUGGCGUUCACACACCACCCGCUGCCUGUGCUGGCAGGAGUGAGACCAGGGAGUCCCCGUGCCUCAGCGUCAGCCCUGCACUUCCCUUCCUCCUCUAUCAUCCAACAGUCCAGCCCGUACUUCACCCACCCCACCAUACGCUACCACCACCACCAGGACCCGCUCAAGGAGUUCGUGCAGUUUGUGUGCACCGAUGGCACAGGACAGCCCAGCGCGCAGCCUAAUGGAGGUGGCCAGAGCAAAAUGCCGGGCUCCUUCCUGCUGCCCCCGCCACCCCCAGUGGCACGCCCUGUGCCCCUCCCCAUGCCCGACUCUAAAAUCAUCAGCACGCCCACUGACGGCGGACUCAGCUCACCCGCAUCUCCGUCAUACUCCACGCCAGGCUCCACAGCUCCCAACCGGUUUGUCGGCAUCGGAACACGGGACAACUUUCUGAAUAUCCCCCAGCAGACUCAGUCCUGGUUCCUCUGACAAGGCCUCUCUGAAUCAAGAGCUUAAAAAUGUGUGAUGGAAAUUGGAAAAUGUAAAAAAAACAAACACACCAACGUUGAUUAAGAACAGACUGCUGACACUAAAAGAUCUUUCUCUCUCGCCAACACUAUUCAAAGUUGUACUACAGAACCCCCCCCUGCCCCCCCCCCCCCCCCCCACGAAACCCAAACCACCCCAAGAGGACUCCCAAUCCAACAAGAUUCUAACAGGAACGUCGGUCCCCCUUUACGCAGGAGGCUUCAAUGAGACUGAGUGGACAGAUUCAGAAUGCAAGGAGGAGGAAGAGGAAGAUGAGGAACUGUCUCACACACCACGAAAUGUCAGAAUGGAAACACAAUAUGGAAAACUGACAAAUGACCAAUUACACAUUUGUUCUUUUUUUUAAUGAUAUAUUUUUUUUCAUUUUGUCUCCACAAUGAAACUCCAUGCAUUGGCUUAGAGAUCCAAAAAAAAAAAAAAAAAAGUAGUGGUAAGACGGUGAAGGCGGAUGUGCAAGUUGAAAUAUAGUCACCCAAAUAGCACACCUCCAUAUCUGUGUGUUAAUCCGCUCACCUCUCCUCCUGGUGCAUAUUCCCACCUGAUCCCCCACCCCAUCUCCACACCACGGUCCAGACGGUAACCACAGCCCCGUACCUGUGUGUCGCCACGCUCUGCCGCUUCACUCACUCAGCCCUGAGCCUUUUUUUUUUUUUUCUUUUCUUUUUCAUUUCUGAUUGGCCAAUCCUGGUGACACCAUCAGAUGGUGGUCACCCAUAUGCACUAAGUGGCUGGUCUUUGUUUACCUGUCAAAGAAUCAGGGCGUCCUGCUGUGGGAGAAGUGAUAGCCAUGAGGCGAGUGUAAGCGAGUGAACACACGACAGACAGUCAUAACACUAACUCCACAUGUGCUCUUUCGUCCCCUCACCUAUGCACUAUUAAUUUUGAAUAAGGGAUGAACAGUGUUGCACACCGAUGGUCAGAUGAGCGAUCAGAGAAGUGAGUGGAGGCUGGCUGCCACUGCAGGGAUGGGGCUGUGCUAACAGUAGAGUCUGGGUCUUAAAACACACACCCCACACACACACACACACACACACACACACACACACACACACACACACACACACACACACACACACACACAGACACACAUGCUUGCUUGCAGCCUGUACAUACAGACUUUAUCUUUCAGAAUAGUCUGUAAUACAACCAGCACAUAAUAUCAUCCUGUUAUUAACAAUAGACGCGGGGUUUAAUUUACAGUAAUGCACACGCAGCAUCCGCUUCAAAUAUUAGCUUUUCAGUUUGUUUGUAGGUGUUUUCUUGACAUUUCUUCUUUUUUUGUGCUGGAUUUGGUUUUGGUUUAGUGUCACUUGGAUUGUUUUAACCUUCUCUUGCAUGUCAUAACACUUUUUGCUUCAGUUUUUUUUUCAGUUGUCUGUCAAGUAUCAGGCUUAAAACAGAGUUCACCCAAAGAGUAACAGCAGUUUCUCAAAUCUCUCACUUAUGGACAGCACAGUAACAACAGCUCAUCACAUGCCACCCUUGCAUUGCUUUACCUUGUGUCCCUUAGUCCCAUCACAGGAAAACCCCAGAGGACGACAAACACACACAUACACGCGCACAAACGCACAUUAGAAAUGCACACUUAUACCACCUGACAUUCAAUGAUAAAGGGAAGCCUUUAUAUUUGGUUCUCCAAAAUGCCUUUGUUAAUGGUUUUUCAUUCACUUAAGAUUUUUUUUUUUUUUUUAAUUUGAGAUUUUUUUUUUCUAUGUAAAUGUUCACAUUUGAAAUUGAGAUUGUUUUUUUCUUUUCAUCAUGACACAAUCCAACAAAAGCCGACCUCACAAAAUAACUGGACUGCCUAGCUGUUGGUUCUGUUUUGCAGGGAUAGUAAACAGGUCUGAGGCCCUGUUCUCAGCCUCUCUAGUAACAUUAGCUCUAUGUACUAAAACCAUAUAUCAAGUUUAUAACAAUAUAUGAAAGUGCCUCUGUAUUCCCUUCAUGCAAUUAGUAAUAAAUGACUUCAGGUUCUCUUCCCACAUAUAAGCUAAAGCUACAGCAAAUGGUAGCGUUGGUGCAUGUGGAAACCAUUGGCCUAGGACAGAUCUUUAUAGAGGACUGCAAACCUUUUUUUUGUAAAGACAGAGAGAGAGAGAUCUUAUACAUAUAUAUUUAUGAUAUAUGCUCCUUUUUAACUUUUACUACAUGAGCUGGUUGGCAGUCUAGUUAUUUUCUGAACUCUCACCUCCCUUUUCACCCCCUCCACAACCCGUUUCAGUAACAUCCCCUUACUGUUCCCAGUGAGGAUCAAAAACGACACACACCAUCGCCGUCUGCAGCACCGCAUUUAAAAUACCUAGAUAAACAUGAUGUCAAAAAAAUCGACAGUAGGUUUGAAGAAAAAAGUGUUUGUUUUUUGAUGGAAAGUAUUAUUAUUGAAAAUAUGUGUCGAUUGAGCCACGUGCAAUGCAUUGGGUAGAUCAUUGUGUUUGUCUGUUAGAGAUUUUUAAGAAAGCUACGAGAAAAGAGAAAAAAAAUGUAUUUGUUUCAAGUCUGUAAGCUCCAGGACUCUAAACCAGAGAGCCAUGAAAAAUCCUAGUCUUUGUAAGUUGGGGGUAUUUGUUUUUAUUUCCUUUGUCUCUUUUUUAAUGUUUUAUGUGUAAUCAGUUGUUUAUAAAAAUGUGGGAGGGCUGAAGGAUAAAAAAAAAAAUCUACACAACUUGAGGGAAAAAAGAUUCUCUUCUCAUCAGAUGAAAAGUGGUGCUUUUACACUCUAAAGUACAUUCAUACUAUUGUAAAUGAAUGGUAAUGAACAAAAUUAACAGACCAUUAAGGAAACAGCAUUAUUCCUCUCUCUAUUUGUAUUCUUCUUCUAUUUGUAUUGAGUGGGGGGAGAGGUUCUUAUCCUUAAGGUUGUGACACAAAAGGCAUUUCGGUUCAACCUUUAGAAGAAAAAAAAGAAAAAAAAAAAAGAACAAACCUAUAAGUUAACCCAUGCACUGCCUGAAACUCACCAGCAGAAAACCCUCCCAGUUGAACUCAUUUGUGUCAUAAGUUCCCCCCCGGUUCUGCAAGAGAUGCUUCACAUGCAGAACUCUUUUCUUCACAUCAUCACCCUGAUUUGUUUCCCAAUCAGAAUUCAGACGGUUGUGUUGAGACCCACACGCAAUGGAAAGAGUAUCAGGUUUACACCUUGUGUCUCCUGCCCGUACAACAGAAAAAAGGGGGAAUAUUUGCUAAAAAAAAAAAGAAAAUUGAACAGAAAUCUGAAGUCUGAACCAUAGAUAUGAAACAGGCAGCAAGGUGAGCCUCUCCCCUGUUCCACCCCCUCCUCUGUAAAUGACUCUUAUAGUGCUUGUGCUGUAGUGUAUAGUUUCCCAGCAGUUAAAGGUUGUCCCUUAAAAGUGCCUUUUGUUCACAGACUCCAUUUUGUAAACCAGAUCGCCCCCCCUUUUUUUCCGAAACGGCUCGAGGCAGCAGGUUGUCCCCGAGUGCCGCAUGGAGGCACACAAAAAAAAAAAAAAGCAGUCGUCACUUCAGCGCUGGGGGACAACUCUUUUUUCCUCUGCCUUCGAAAUGAAACCUUUCCAUUGUACCUCCCCUUUAUCCUCUCUUCCUUUUCAAAGCUCUAUAUAUAUAUACAUACAUAUAUAUAUAGUACAAAAGGAAACUGGUGUGAAUUAGUUCUUUACUUUUUAUCGAUAAAUGAUGAUGAAAAAAAAAAACAUUUUGAAAAGGCAAAAAAACUUGUUCUCGUUCAGCUCUUGCUUUUUUCUUCCCCUCUGUCUCCACUGUCAGUUUUCUCUUAGACACUGGAGUAGUCUGUAACUGUGUGUCCGUCACUCUCUGUCUAUCUCUCUCUCUCUCUCUCUCUCUCUCUCUCUCCUGCCCUCUCCGCUGUUGGGAGGGCGAUAAAAAAAAUUGCCGAAAAAACUUUUUGUCUGAGCAGAAUGCAGUUAGCUCACAUGUUAUUCUUGUCUGUAUGCUUCACAUUGUAUUACCAUACCCAUCUUCUUCAGCUUUUUCCAUUCAACAGCUAAUGUAAGUGAACAAAUUACGCUGACGGGCUUUUGGGGGUGUCUUUUGGGUGGGUUUGGAAGGGACGACAGGGGUUUGAAAGAGGUUUACUGAGAAGAUUAAACGGGGUCCUGAGGGCUGGAUGGACUGCUUUGAGAUGUUGGAAAGGUGCUGCUUUGACUAGCAUAAGAGUUUGCUCUUUUGUUUCAGCUAUUUAUUUUUGGCUUUGUUUUAUUCCCCCCUUUUGUUUCUUUUUAAUUAGGAUUUCUUUUUGCUAUCAGGGUAAGCUGUCGUCGAGUCGCUCUUUGAGGGCACCUUAGACUGUACAUGAAAGCUUCAAGCACCUUAUAACCGGACUUGUCCUGCACGAGGCUGGAAGAGGGGUUUUUUGCAUUUCCAGGACAUAUCCCACAAUCUUUUAAAGUGAAGUAUUAUUGUUCAUGGUGGGUUUCACACAGUGAAAACCCUCAGCAGUAUUAGCCAUUUACAACACACCAACCAGAUAGAUUAAAGCCAGCAUGAACCUGAUCUCUCGCACACGUGAGGAUUCAGGAGAGUCCCUCCAUGUUACUCCUCUGGCCACCUCAUGCUGGACCGCUCCGCGUUCUUGUUCUGUUGUUUAUUUUGUUCUUUAUCUUCUUAAACGUGUAUGGUUAUCGAUGUAAUAGGCAGCACCCUAGGCCCCCUGACUCCCAGCUCUUGUACGCCCUCAGUGCAGCACCACUUCUUUGUCAGAACACCCCCAGAGCUCUAGGUGAAAUGCAUGUGUUAAUUACAGUUUCUUUUCCAUAAGAAGAAAAACACAGUUUGAGAAGAGCAGCACCUGAUUGAAUAAAAAGGAUGUUCUUGACUGUA